CCGCCCCUCGCCCGCCCGCCCGCCCGCCCGCCGCCGGGGCCAUGAUCGAGGUCUGCGCGGCGCUGCUGCGGGGGGGCCCGGCCUUCCUGGCGGGGGAGGCGCUCGAGUGCCUGGUCACGCUCCGCAACCCGCUGCCCCCCGACGCCACCUCCGCCUCCAGUGAGAUGCUGGCUUGGGCGAGCGCCCAGAUCCACUGCCAGUUCCAUGCCAGCGAAAGCCGAGUGGCGCUGCCCCCGUCGGACAACAGUCGCCAUGAUGUGCAAGCUGAGAGCGAGACCGUCUUUGUCCCCAACAGGGGUGAACGGGGCCAGUGCAUCCUGUCUACGCCUCCCAAGAUCCUCUUCUGCGACUUGCGGCUGGAUCCCGGCGAGUCCAGAACCUACUCCUACUGUGAGACGCUGCCCGUGGACGGGCCGCCCUCCUUCCGGGGCCAGGCGGUGAAGUACGUCUACAAGCUGACCAUCGGCUGCCAGCGAGUCAAUUCGCCCAUCAAGCUCCUGCGUGUGCCCUUCCGCGUGCUGGUUCUUCAUGGGCUCCAAGAUUACCAGUUUCCGCAGGAUGAGGUGGUGGCCCCCUCUAAUCCCUUCCUGGAGGAGGAGGAGGGGGCCAAGAAGGACUCCCGAUUGGCUGACUUGGCCUCGGAGCUGCUGAUGGCGGCCACGUCUCGACGUAGUCUGCACCUCUAUAACAUCAGCAACUCGCGGGGCAAAGUGACUGCCUUUUGCGUCUUCAAGACGGUCUACAAGAUCGGCGAGGACAUCGUUGGGACCUUCACCUUCUCUGCGGGGGACAUCCCGUGCUUGCAGUAUUCGGUGAGCCUGCAGACAGAGGAGCGGGUCCAGGAGGCCUUCCAGCGCCGGCGGGGGCAGCCGGUCUCCUACAGCACCCACGCCCGCCACCAGGAGUCCUGCCUCCACACCUCCCGGACCAGCUUCAGCCUGCCCAUCCCGCUCAGCUCCACCCCAGGAUUCAGCACCAACAUUGUGUCCCUGAAGUGGCGGCUGCACUUCGAGUUUGUGACGGCCGGGGAAGCAGCGGUUGGACUGCGCGGCGGCUGGGAGGGCCCCGCAGAAGCCGACAGCUGGACGGGAGUGGAGCAGGUGGAGGUGGACACCUUCAGCUGGGACCUGCCCAUCAAGGUGCUGCCCACCAACCCCCUCCUGGCCUCCUAUGUCUCCCAGUUCCCCAACUCCUACACGCUCACCAUCUGAAAGCCAGCCACCGUUGGGAGCCUCCUUCAGGCCUGAUGGCUGAGCCUUGUGCAAGCCCCUCAACUGGGCUCUGGUGGCCGGGUGUCUGGAGGGAGAGGGAGCAGGCCCAGCAAGACGGCGGUGGUGCCUUUCCCUGUGGGGGGCCUGGCCUCACUCCCCUCCAGCCCCAGACCGAUUCUCUGUCCUUCCGGAAAGGGCUGCCUUUGGCUUGGAGGGCAGCCAAGAGCCCCGUCUUUCCAGAGCUCCUGCCUGGGGCAGGGGGUGUGUGCGUGUGUCUCCGUGUUUCUCCGUGUGUCAAUAAAAUCUCAGCCUGG